AUGCCGAAGAAACAGUAUGGGUGGAUAAAUGUCAUCAGCGUUUUGACCAUGAAAAAUAAGAUACCACAACUUAGCGACGAUAUUGUUGAUUGGCUACAAAAAGAUCUUAACGAAGAGGGAUUUGAGCGUUUGAGUGACAGUGACAUAGCAGUUCGUUAUGGUAGCGUAAGUACACCAUCUACCUCACAACAGCCUGAUUCUUCUUCUGAGAGUGAUAAUGAAGAACAUUUUGAAAAAAUACAGACAAGCCAAGCAAUGGAAGCAGUUGAUGUCCUCUUGAACUUCUGCGAACAGGAAAAUUUUGACUUCCAUGACAUUAUUGGCUUAAGAAAAAUUAGAAGUGAAUGGCGCUGGAUGUUUAAAACAUAUGUGGCUAAGACACAUGAACCAUGGAACCAAAUACGAUUAGGACCAACUAGGAAAUCGUCCGGUCGUUGUCUGCAAAGUGAAACGGGAUUAGAUAACUUGAUCGGACUUUUUAGGAAAGAGGUCGUAAGUGUAACUACUAUUCAACGUUUACGAGAAAAUAUCAACGAAGAAUUUAAUGAACUGUUUAAAGAAGCUGAAAAAAUGGCCAGCUUAUUAGACAUCAGUAUAUCAGUAAAACGCUUAAAUAAAAGAAGUACACAUAGAGCUAAUCCCUGUGUUAAGGAUGCUAAUGAAUACUAUCGUAUAACAGUAGCUAUACCAUAUAUAGAUUAUUUUAUUCAGCAGCUAAAUGAGCAAUUUAUGUGCCAUAAAAAUAUAUUUAAAGGAUUUCAGAGUUUAUUUUCUGGUUUAUAUUCAGGCGAAUUUGGUGAACUCAUUACAUUCUAUCUCUAUAGUGACAAAAAUACAGUUAUAACAGAGUUACAUCUAUGGCAUGCUUUGUUAGAAAAAAAUGAACAGCGACCAGAAAAUGGUUUAGAAGCUUUGAGACUUUGUAAAAAUGAAAUAUUUCCAAAUAUUUAUAGUUUACUAAAAAUAUUAUGUACACUACCUGUGUCAAUGACAACACCAGAACGGACAUUUUCAUGCCUUAAAAGAUUGAAGAAUUGUCUACGUAUAGCACGAUGACAGAAGUAAAAUUUCAAAAUACUAGACUUAAUGGAUUGGCAAUGCUGGCCGUUCACAAGGAAGUUCCAAUAACAGCUGAAGAAGUCCUUGAUGAAUUGGCAAAAAAGCCUGGAAAAUUAGACUUUGUUCUUUAAAAAUAGGCAUGUUAUGUAUUUAUGAAUAUAUAUAUUCAAUAUUGUCUAUGUGUAUUAUCUAUAAUAAAUAUGUAAUAAGUAUAA